UGCCGCCCCCUCGCCGGCCGGGGCCGUGCGGCGGCUGUCGGUAGCGGCCGUGCGGGAGGGAGCGGGCUAUGGCGGCGGGGGACGCGUUCCUGAGGGCCCGGGGCAGGACUCUGACCGCCUUCCGCCCAGGAGAAUAUAGCAUAUACCUCUGCAUCAUUUGCAGUUCCUUUCUCUUUUCACCUCCUAUCUCUUCCCUUUUCUCCCCACUCUUCUUCACCUCCGCCCCUGCAUCUUCUGUUUCUCCUUUCUUCUGCCACUUCUUGAUUCUGUCUGUGUGCCGAGCUCCUCUUUUCAAAUUCAUCUCAUCAGUGUCUCUCUCUGCCUCACAUGACCGUCACUCACCCACUCAAACCAGAGCAUCUGUGCACAGUCUUGGAAACAUUCAGAUGAUGAAUACCAAUGGAAGGGGCCCUUCUACUUCAUCCAAGGAGCAGAUCCUCAGUUUGGACUGAUGAAAGCUUGGGCAGUGGGAGACACUAACAAUGGAGACGAUGAAUGGGGAGAAGAAAUCAAAUUAGCAGAGCAAGCAGUGCAGGCCAUUAACAAACUAAAUCCUAAACCCAAGUUCUUUGUGUUGUGCGGAGACCUUAUCCAUGGAAUGCCAGGAACUCAAUGGAGAAAGGCCCAAGAGCGAGAUUUAAAGAAUGUUCUGAAGAACGCUGACCAGGACAUCCCAUUGGUCUUCGUCAGUGGAAAUCAUGAUGUUGGCAAUACUCCAACAAGAGAAACAAUAGACGAUUAUUGCAAGAGCUGGGGAGACGACUACUUCAGCUUUUGGGUUGGAGGUGUUUUCUUUCUAGUGCUGAAUUCUCAGUUAUACUUCGAUUCUUCCCAGUGCCCCGAGUUAAAGCAAGCCCAGGAUGUGUGGCUCAACGAGCAGCUGGCUGUCGCUGAGAAACACAAAUGCAAGCAUAUAAUAGUGUUUCAGCACAUCCCUCUGUUUCUGAGAGAACCUGAUGAAGACCACGGUUAUUUCAACUUGGAAAAAUCAGUUCGUCAAGAGAUAAUGGAAAAGUUUCAUAAAGCAGGCAUUAAAGCUGUAUUUUCUGGACAUUACCAUAGGAAUGCUGGAGGGUCCUACAGAGGACUGGAAAUGGUGGUUUCAUCAGCAGUGGGAUGCCAGCUGGGAGAAGAUACGCAUGGGCUUCGAGUGGUUGUUGUCACAGAUGACAAGAUUGUUCAUAGAUACUACAGUUUGAAUGAACUGAGCAGCCAAGGCAUAGAGAAAGAGCUGCUGGAUAUGCUUGCAGAGCAAAAUUAGGCUGUCAAAUGAUGGUUGGGUUUUUUUGGGUUUUUUUUCCCCCAUGUUAGACAAAUAGAAACAGUUUCAGAAAGUUUCCCCAAGCUGCAAUACAGAUUUCUGAUUGUGCAGCAUGCCCCAGAACAGCUCUCCAUUUGUUACUACCCUAAAUAACAAGAAAGUUGUCGACACGUUUCUGCUUUUGAAAAUGAGACCUAUGAGGAAUAUGGAAGAACAUAUAGUAAUGUAUCAUUGAAAAGAACUGUUCAGAGAAUUUUUACUUUGCUCCUGAAUAAGACUUUCUUAUUAGAGAGAAAGGAUAUCCAAGAGUGAGAGUUGUAGCUUCCAGAUAACCCUUUAACUCAAGUCUACUUUAGUUUUAUAUUUGAGCAGCUAUUUAAAAAAAAAAAAAAAAAAAACAAACAAUAAAUUUGGUCAUUUCUGUUACACUCUGGAUAAUAUAAAAACAACAGGAAAAAAAAAUCUGAAAUCAACAGACCCCCACUGACUAUUCGCAACCUUUGGAUCAGAUCCUGUUACCUAGAGGUCCUAUUUUCUCCCAUUUCCCAUACUUUAUUUUCUUAUCUCUUCAGAGCCAGCAGCAAUAGGAGAGCAAACACAUUCUGUUUUGCGGUCACAGCUUGGGUUUCUGUUAUAUCCUAGUUUUAUAUAAUGAAAAGUCUAUAAAUGAUGCUAAUAUAGAGGCCACUGACAGAAACUAAACAUGGAACAGCUAUUUUCCUUUUGAAAUUUAACUACCAUUCAACUAGCAUAUAUUCUUGCUAUAGCUUCAGAAGUUGGAAUAAUUGUGGGGGGAGAAUAUUCUGUUCAGAAUACUGUUAUCUAAAGUCACUUCAUUGAUUCCUAGACAAGGGGAGAGCUUUGAUUUCCAAAUGCAAUUUAAGAGUGCCUUACUGUAAUAGUAUACAAUAGUGAAUUGUUGAAAACCCUAAAAAGUGUAUUUUCUUCACUGGAAUAAGUCUUUAAAAAUAAAUCAUAGAAAAAGAAA